UUGAACCUGUUGCUGCAUUAGCCGAGUUGUAUUUUGCUAGAUAGGGGAAGGAGGGUUGUCUGCUGUCUGGUAGGAGGGCUUUGUCUGUGUGCGCCUUUCUCUCUCUCCCUCUCUCGCUCUCCCUGUCUCUCGCACUCUCGCUCGCUCUCGCUCGCUCUCUCUCGCUCGCUCUCCCUUUCCCGUCUCUGUGGUUUGUAAGGUAGGUUGCAGUGUGUGUAUAUACACAACAUCAAGAGCAGGAAAAUGGACUCAUUAGGGAGGCAGGCAGUCAUUACCACUCACACUGUACUUCCAGGGAGACAGCGACUAUGAGGAGACAAACUGAGGACUGGGGAACAAGCUGCAUAAGAAAGAAGUGUUGAGAGCUGCUCUUAACCCUUUUGGAGGCCUAAGUCAAAAGGGAACUAGAGGGCUUGACGCAUCCUUUACAUCCGGCAUUUACUCUGACCACAGUCCCUCCCUGUUCUCACAAGCGGAGCUCAGCCCUGCUUCCCUUCCUGUUGAUUCCCAGUCAGCUACAUGACUGCCUGAAGUUACAUUGUAGAUGCUGAAAUCACUGCACCUUAAAAACAAAAAGAUUAAGCCACACUGCAUUCCUAAUGUUGGAAUUUCUGGACUGUGCAUCUGUUUAGGCACGUGGAGAAAGACAAGACUGAGAUCAUCAGUGCUUGGCAGUUUUCCUCAACUUAGCGAGAGAGAGAGAGAUUGUGUUGGAAUGAAACCUUGCUCUGCGUACAGCCUGCGUGAGAUGCAGCAUUGAAAGAUCACUCACAAUCAGUUUGUGGCCUUUCUCUGGAGGAAGCUUGCCUUGUCUCUUGUACACAGCCCCUCUCUGUUCCCUGCCCCAAUGAACGUCUGCACUAGGUCCAAGGCUUGGAGUAAUUUACCUGAAGAGUGAUACCAUUUGGAAACCACUGAAGAAACCCAAGACAGCUGAAAACCAGAAGGCGUCUGAGGAGAAUGAGAUUACUCAGACGGGUGCAUGCAGUGCCAAGCCAGGCCUUCCCUGCCUGAACCUUGAAGCUGUUCCUCCUCUGAGCCCAGCCCUCAUCCACUCUCCACAUUCACCAACAAACCUGCACGCACACACAGGGUCAUCUGAUUGUAACAUCAGUUGCAAGGGGAUGACAGAGCGCAUUCAUAGCAUCAACCUUCACAAUUUCAGCAAUUCUGUGCUCGAGACCCUCAACGAGCAGCGCAACCGUGGCCACUUCUGUGACGUGACGGUCCGCAUCCACGGGAGCAUGCUGCGCGCCCACCGCUGCGUGCUGGCGGCUGGCAGCCCCUUCUUCCAGGACAAGCUGCUGCUAGGCUACAGUGACAUCGAGAUUCCCUCAGUGGUGUCAGUCCAGUCUGUGCAAAAGCUCAUUGACUUCAUGUACAGCGGGGUGCUGCGGGUCUCCCAGUCAGAGGCCCUCCAAAUCCUCACAGCCGCCAGCAUCUUGCAGAUCAAGACUGUGAUUGAUGAGUGCACAAGGAUUGUCUCACAAAAUGUGGGAGAUGUCUACCCAGUGAUUCAGGAUUCUGGCCAAGAGACACCCAGGGGAACACCUGAAUCAGGCACCUCGGGGCAGAGCACUGACACAGAGUCUGGCUACCUGCAGAGCCAUUCACAGCACAGUGUGGACAGGAUCUAUUCAGCCCUCUAUGCCUGUUCCAUGCAAAAUGGCAGUGGGGAGCGCUCCUUUUACAGUGGAGCUGUGGUCAGCCACCAUGAGACAGCCCUGGGACUCCCCAGGGACCAUCAUAUAGAAGACCCCAGCUGGAUUACCCGGAUUCAUGAACGGUCACAGCAGAUGGAGCGGUACCUCUCCACCACUCCAGAGACCACACACUGCCGGAAGCAGCCCCGCCCUGUCCGAAUCCAAACCCUGAUGGGCAACAUCCAUAUUAAACAGGAGAUGGAGGAUGACUAUGACUACUACGGCCAACAGAGGGUGCAGAUCCUUGAGCGCAAUGAGUCUGAGGAAUGCACUGAGGACACUGACCAAGCAGAAGGCACUGAGAGUGAGCCCAAAGGGGAGAGUUUUGACUCGGGUGUCAGUUCCUCCAUUGGCACUGAGCCUGAUUCCAUAGAGCAGCAGUUUAUGGCUGGUCUGGGCCGGGAUGGGCAGCAAGAACCUACUCAAGCAGAUCAAAAUGAUGUCCCUGCUGAUGGUGCUCAGCCGCAGCAGCAGCAGCAACAUGUAGAUGCCAACUCUUCCUCACCAGAGAGAAGCAAUGACGUUGAAAUGGACAGCAAAGUGCUCACAGUCAAUAACAGCACCGAAAAGGGGGCUUUGCAGCCUUCUGUCAACACAUCUGUUGCCCAACCAUUGCCAACUACACAGAUCUACUUACGCCAGACAGAAACCCUCACCAGCAGUCUGAGGAUGCCACUGACUCUGACCAGCAACACUCAGGUCAUUGGCACAGCUGGAAACACCUACUUGCCUGCCCUUUUCACCACGCAGUCUGCUGGCAGUGGCCCUAAGCCUUUUCUCUUCAGCCUGCCCCAGCCUUUAGCUGGCCAACAGACACAGUUUGUGACAGUGUCCCAGCCCGGCCUGUCAACCUUUACUGCCCAGCUGCCAGCCCCACAGCCCUUGGCCCCGUCUGCGGGCCACAGCACAGCGGGUGGGCAAGGCGAAAAAAAGCCUUACGAGUGCACUCUCUGUAACAAGACUUUCACCGCCAAACAGAACUACGUCAAGCACAUGUUUGUACACACAGGUGAGAAACCACACCAAUGCAGCAUCUGUUGGCGCUCCUUCUCUUUAAAGGAUUACCUAAUCAAACACAUGGUGACACACACUGGCGUGAGGGCCUACCAGUGCAGUAUCUGCAACAAGCGCUUCACCCAGAAGAGCUCCCUUAAUGUGCACAUGCGUCUCCACCGCGGGGAGAAGUCCUACGAGUGCUACAUCUGCAAGAAGAAGUUCUCCCACAAGACCCUGCUGGAGAGGCAUGUGGCUCUGCACAGUGCCACCAAUGGCACGCCUGGAGCCACCGGCACCGGCGCUAGAGCUGUCCCUGCCGGCGUGGUGGCCUGCACGGAGGGGACCACGUACGUCUGCUCUGUCUGCCCAGCUAAGUUUGACCAAAUCGAGCAUUUCAACGACCACAUGAGGAUGCAUGUGUCAGACGGAUAAGUAGAAUCUCUCUCUCUCUUUGUUAUGAACAACAAAAAUAGAAACAACAAAAAAAGCUAUGGCACUAGAAUUCAAGAAAUUAUUUUUGUUUCAUUUUUACCUUUAUUUUCCUCCUUUUUUUGGGUUCAUUUUGUUUUGUUGUUUUUUGUACUACAUGAAGAACUGUUUUUUGCCUGCUGGUACAUUACAUUUCCGGAGGCUGGGUGAAUAAUAAUUUUCCCAACCUCCCUUGGAUGGUGGCCUUAAGGCCAGGUAGUGCUUCAUGAGCUCCACUGGUUGGAUCUCUAGCUACUGGCCUCUAAAUACAACCCUUCUUUACUACAAAAAGCAAACAAAAAAAAAAAAAAAACCCCACAAAAAAAAUUUAAAAAACCAGAUAAAAAUAGUAAAAAAAAAUCUUUUUUCUCACUUGUGAAGAGCACUACAAAUAAAGAAACAAAACAAAAUAUAUUACAAAUCUACAAGGCCUACUGUCGUUAUAAGUACACCGCUUGCAGUGUUUCAAUGGACAUGAUUCACAUUGCUGACCGCUUUUGGACUUCACAGUAUCCAGUUAGAACUGUGGAAUAUUUUGCUUCUGGUUGAGCAGCAAUCGGAGGAAACAGGGCCCUGCUGGUUUCCACCAUGUGUCUGCUUUCUCACACACACACACACACACACAUCCACAAACACACAAAAAGGGCUGAGGGGAAUGCGAGGCAGUGUGGCUUGGAUAGUGUGGAGUCCCUGCAGGGUGAGGAAAAAGAAUCAGAAGUUCCUCCCCUGGAUUCUUCUCCAUCCCUCGCUGUCCGGCGCACCCUCCCCGCUGCUUUUCUCGUACCACCACCACCACCUUAUAGCAGAAACCAAGAAGAUUCAGACAAUGAGCAACGGUGGCUUUUUUGUAAUUUAUUCAGUGUCUUCGCUGAGCACAGGGCCUCAGCACAAUCAAGAGGGACUUUCACAGAAGGCAAAGAGAAACACAGAGGAAAAUCAAAGAUAUCGGAGGUUACAACCUAUGGAUCUAGGUACAAGAGAAGGGUUAGUUCCCACAAUCUUUGCAAAAAAACAAAGUUGCAUCAGGAUUUAUUCUUGUGGAAGAAAGAGGAAUA